AACUCGUCGGAGCCUAUGGCACGAACGUAACGGAAGUUUAGACGGUUGCUCUGGGUGAACCAAGGGAACAUUGACAGCAUCGCGUCAAAAAAAGAAAUCAUCAUCUUCCCCCAAAUUAACCCAGUCUCCCCUUUCCCUCACACAUGGCGUCCAGUUCUAACAUAGAUAUUGAAGGUGCGACCCAGCAUCUUCGGGACAUCCUUAAGCUUGACCGUCCCGGGAACGGCACCGAUGCACAGUCAAGUGAUGGUCAGAGAAUGCCAUCUUUUAAUGGAGAGCUGAAUGGGUUAUUGGGAGCAGCAGGCCUUCUAGGAAGCGCUGAUCGGUCCACCAUGUCAGAAUCUACCAGACCCAUUUCCACAGACAUCAGCAGUGCGCAGGAGACUCAGAUAAUCUGCCUUUCUGGUGAUGAUGGCUCCACCUGCAUCCCCAUCACCUCCAACAGUGUGGAGAUAGUGGCGAGUCAAGAUUCCAGCAUUAACAGCAAGGCUCGUGGCAGCAACAAGGUGAAGAUUCAGCCUGUUGCCAAGUAUGACUGGGAACACAAGUAUCAUUACGGCAGACUGAUAGCUGUGUCCAACUCCUUUCUGGCCUAUGCCAUCAGAGGAGCCAACAACCAUGCAAUGAUUCGAGUCCUGAGUGUUAGUUUUGCUGAGCGCUCCCUACUGAAGGGCUUUACUGGAGCCGUCACAGAUCUGGCUUUUGCCCACCUCGACUCUUCCCUGUUGGGUUGUGUGGAUGAAGCAGGCAACCUGAUGGUCUGGCAGCUCACCUGUACUGGAAGCAAGAUACUUGAUCAGGUGGUGGUUCAUAUCCGACGGCCUGAGGACACCCCACUGAACUCUCACCGUCGCCUCAUCUGGUGCCCAUUCAUCCAGGAUGACAAUGAGGAGAACCAGGAUGACACAAGCCAGACCUUAGCCCUUCUACAUGAAGACAGGGCUGAGGUGUGGGACCUGGAAAUUUUGAGAGCCAACAACAGCAGCUGGCCCGUUGAUGCCACGGACCUAAAAGAAGGUCUCAUCACAGUCAAGGGACAUACCCAGCGUGUCAGUGAAGGGGCCCUGUCUCCAGAUGGUACCGUGUUAGCCACAGCCAGCCAUGAUGGAUAUAUCAAGUUCUGGCAAAUAUACAUAGAAGGGGGGCAGGAUAAGCCAAGAUGUCUUCAUGAAUUACGGCCUCACGGAGGACGUCCCCUCUCCUGCCUUCUUUUCUGUGACAACCACAAGAGGCAGGAUCCAGAGGUUCCUUUCUGGCGGUUCCUGAUAACUGGAGCAGAUCAGAACCAAGAGUUGAAAAUGUGGUGCACUGUUUCCUGGACCUGUUUACAGACAAUCAGGUUUUCUCCAGAUCUAUUCAACUCAUCAGUUCUGCCCAGUCUGAAGGCUAGUCUGGACCUCUCUGCUGAGUAUCUCAUCCUCACAGAUGUACAGAGGAAGGUGCUGUAUGUGAUGGAGCUGCGACAGGACCUGGAGAAAGGCAAGGCCACUUUCACAGCGGUAUCAGAGUUCCUGCUGACACACCCUGUUCUCAGCUUUGGGGUUCGAGAUGUCACUCACAGCCGGCUACGACACACCGAGGUCCUCCCUGCAGAGGAGGAAAGCGAGAGCCUGACCACAGAGGGCACUCAAGGACCCACAGAGUCCAAGUCUGGGAUCCAAAUUAAACUCUACUGUGUUCACACCAAGAGUCUGCAGGAUGUCCAGAUUUGGUUUCAGCCAAACUUGGGUUCCAGAUCUGCAGUCUUCCUGCCACACUCUGAUUCUCAGGAUGGUUUUGCAGGUUUUUCAGACCAUCUCACUGACCAGAGCUCUGACAAGGAAUCAGGAAGUGGCUCCCAGACUGACCUAAGGAAGAUCCCUUCGCUUCCAGCUCCCACUGACUUCCUGUCAAACUCGGGUAACAGCAGUGGGACGAUGCCAAAGCUGAUGACUCCAGACGCGUUCAUGACACCAAGCACUUCGGUACCGGCAUCUCCUGGCAGCAGCGCUAGCAGUCUGACCAUUGUGACGGCUAUCAGCAGCAACUCCGACUCAACUAACAGAGCUAUUGACGAUGUCAGCCAGAGCCCCAACAGAGCAGAGAACAACAGCAACAGCAGUCUGGCACUCUCCACCUCCACCAACAGCCCAAGAGCUGCUUCUGCUGUGCUGCUGCCUGGACUGGAGAACCUACCAGCUUUAGCGUCUCCUAGCAGUCCUCUGGCGCUUGACAACCCUCAGGAUCUGGAUUCUCCCCUCCUGCCACAUCUGGCCUCCCCGACCAGGGCCCGCUCACCUGAUGUCAUCUCCUCAGCCUCCACAGCUAUGUCCCAGGACAUGCCAGAAAUUGCAUCCCAGACUCUGCAGCAUCAGCGGGGACUGGUGUCCAGCCUGGAACCCUUACCUCUUUCUGCUCUCCAAACAGACAGCAUGGCUUCUGCUGCAUCUGCCCUGCACCUGCUCACUUCACCACGCACAGUCAACAAUAACAGCCUGUUGCCCCUUGAACUUGGAGGUGCGGAUGGACCAGUAGGUGGGGCAGUAGAGUCAGAACCUAGACUCAGCCACACCCCAUCUCUGCUUGAGAAUGCCUUAUCACAGGAGAACCCUGGUGCUGGAGGAGGUUCCUCAGAUGGUAGCGUUAGUCACACACCGUGGCCGGCUGCACCUGACAUCACUAGAGAAACCAGGAACAGUCUCAGGGAUAAUGGUCUUGCAGACUGUUCAAGAGAAGAGUCGAAGGAGAGACACUUGAGCUCUCCUUACCAUCGGCGCUCCUAUCACCUCACACAGAAUGACAGUCAGGACACUGGUGCGGAGCAGAGUGACCCUGAUGAUGAGGUGGCCAGUCUGGCAUCAUCGUCAGGGAAUUGUGGGACUCGCUCUUCUCACAGACUACCCAUUAAGGACUGGAAGACCUCACCACGAGGCUCUCCGAAACUUAAGAGGAAGAGCAAGAAAGAUGAAGGGGAAUCAUCUCAGUCCAGGCAAAUGGACUCUGGUCAGAUGAAUGCAGAAGUACAGGAGGAGUUGUUGAUGCUCCUGCGUAGUCAACAGAGGGAAUUAACGGAACUUCGCGGACAGAUUGAAGCCAUGCAGAGCUCCAUUAUGGCUCAGGUGGAGCACGUCCUGACCAACCACCAGGAACAAGAACAGCGCAGACUGGAGCGAGUUCUGGCAGAGAGUCAGAAUCAUCAUCAUCAGCUUCAGGAGCAACUCAGCCAGCAGCUCAGCCAUACCCUCAGCUCCGUGCUAACCAACAGAAUGGACAAAGUGCUACGAGAGGAAAUGAAGAAAACAGUUCCACAAACAAUCUCUAAGAGUCUGGAGCCAGUGACAGGUCAGUUGAGCAAUACAAUUGCUGCUAAACUGACUGCUGUGGAGGUCACCCUGAAGGACAAUGUCAGCAAAGUGGUCAAAUCAAAGAACACAACGGAUGCGAUUGGUCGAUCAGCAGCAGAAGCUAUGCAGGGGCCCAUCCAGGCAGCCUAUAAAGACGCCUUCCAGAGCAUUGUCCUGCCCGUUUUUGAAAGAGGCUGCCAGUCCAUGUUUCAACAAAUUAACGACAGCUUCAAACAAGGCACACAAGAAUACAUCCAGCAGCUGGAGACCCAUCUGAAGAACAGAAAGCAGAGAGAGCAGGAGACACGGGACCCCAUGAUUGGCCAGCUGCAGCAGAUGAUUGACAGCUUCCAAAGCUCCACCGAUCAGCUGGCCAAUAACAUCACGGCUAAUGUUAGGGCAGAUGUCCAGCACCAGAUCCAGAUGAUGGUGGGAAAUUUGCAGGAGUCUAUUCUUAGCCAUGUGCAACGAAUUGUCAAAGGGGAGGUGAGCCUGGCAAUGAAGGAGCAGCAGGCAGUGGUCACCUCCAGCAUCAUGCAGGCAAUGAGGUCAGCAGCUGGCACACCUGUCCCCACAGCCCACCUAGACUACCAAACACAGCAAUCCAACCUCCUGCAGCUCCUCCAACAGGGCCAGCUCAACCAGGCUUUUCAGCAGGCUCUGUCAGCAACAGAUCUGAACUUGGUCUUGUAUGUGUGUGAGACCAUCGACUCCCAGCAGGUGUUUGGUCAGAGCCCCUGCCCUCUCACCCAGCCCGUGCUGCUGUCACUCAUCCAACAGCUCUCCUCCAACCUGACAACUCGCUCUGAGCUCAAAAUCAGCUACCUGGAGGAUGCAGUGAUGAAUCUGGACCACAGCGACCCGCUGACAAGAGACCACAUGUCCGCCGUGCUCGCCCAGGUCAGGCCGAAGCUCUUUGCCUUCCUGCAGCAGGACCCCCACAGCCCGCUCAGCAAGAGGGUGCGGCGCCUCAUGAUGAUGCUGCAGGGCCUCGUCAACCACUAGUCCUUCAUUUAAAGUGUGGCGCAGAAAAGACGGUCAUGAGUCCAUUUUUGUUAUGAGUGUAUGAAUAUUUUGGAGAAGACAGCAGCAUGGACAACUUCAGCCUACUUGGAGCAGUUUCGUAAAGGUUGAGGACAGGACGUGGAAGAUGAGAGCCCCAAAGUGAUCGAAUUCCAGCUCUUUCUCUUCACCGUUCCGUUUGUUCCCAUUCCUCCUCCCCCUGCUGUCCUUGCAUCAGUCAAGUGUCCAGUUAGCAAAUAGAGGCUGGCUGUCUCACUGUUCUGUUUUGUUUUGGUUUUUUUUUCCUGCGAAGAUCUUCAGUUUAAAACAAUAAUGGGUGGGUGACUCUGAAGAGGCAUUCUGGUGGUCUUGUCCUUGUAUCCCCAUCAAGUAUCAUAAGACUGUUGAAUUGACAGCCAGACAGCCUGAUUUCACACUAUACCUGAGAAUCUUUGGAUGUCACACCUAACGUGCAUAAGACUCGAAGAACGUUUAGCUGAGUGGUCUACGAGAUCAAACUUGUACCUUGUUUCUUUUCUGUUCUGCUUGUGUUCCUCUUAUCCAUCAGGCAUGUUAAGUUUUGGGAUUCAGGGCAAGCUGUAAUGCAGGGGCUACCUCUGAGCCACAGAAGGAACAAAAGUAUGCUGAAAGAAGACAUGUUUUGCCUCAAAAAUUUCGCCUUGUAUCUUGGCCUUAAGAGCAAACAGCAGGCUUGGACACAUGGAAAUAAAUAAAUAAAUAAAAAUAAAAAAUACAGACCAGCAUCCUCACUAGAGCCAAUGUGGAUUCAGUUGCUGCGGGAUUACGCUGUCCUCAGUUCAGUUUUUAAGAAACCCAGCUAAUCCCGGCAACCAAAAAUAUGUAACAUCAACAACUUUUUAUGUUGGUUGCAUAUUUCCUCUCAGUUAUUUCUUAAUGGGUUGGAGACAUGACCUUGCCAGGCCCAAUCUGUCUCAGCGCUUUGAAGAACAUCAACACUCGGAAUGGUUUCAUGGAAAGUUAACAGAAUUUGUUCCUGUAUUUGAAGUGUUCAGGUUGAAAGGCAGUUCUCAUUACACUUUUUCCACCUGGUCUUGUUUUCACAACUCAUAUCUAAUUGUCAUAAGGAUACAAACAAGAUUAAAAGAUGAGAAACAACAUUUUUCACAUGUAAGAAAUAUUUGCAAAGGUCCUCCAGGGUGAAAAGAAUUCUUGUAAACUCUGAAAUGUUUGGAGCCCAGCAGCGAGUUUGGCAGCCGUCCAUGUGUACAGCUCUGAUCAGACUUCUCCCCAGGUUUUCUUCUGUAUGUGAGUCCUUUUUUUAUAUAUAUAUAAGCAUUUAGUAUUUCUAAGACUUGUAUCCUUGCUUUAAGAGUUGUCAAACUAGUAUAAUACAGAAAUAACUUCCUAAACAUAGUUAUUACUGAUGAUGUUAUUUUAUCAGGAUAAUCCAAAUAACGUUUGUAAACUUCAUGUGCAGUUACUUCUCAUAGGCUGUAGGAGGCAGCACUUAGUUGGACUGCAGAUUUUCACCCUGCUUGUCGUUUUAGGUUUUGAAGUCAGAAAUCGGUCCAGCUCUUACAGUAUCUGCUUUAUCAAACAUUGUAAAGCCUCUCUUUAGGUUGUACGCGCACCAUUUGUUCAUCUUUAAAGUGUGAUCCAAGUGUAUGAUAAUUAGUGUACAGCCCAUUUACACACAUCGUUUAAUUGCAGGGUGGCCACACUGUUUUGCUGAUUGUAAAAUAAAAGUUCUGUUAAUUUGACGUCUGUGUUUAGAAUCUGUUAAGUUGGAUUUGUCUAGCAAGUGCCUUAUUGCAUUCUACGUGUUUUACUUUAGCAUCUGGGCGCAUUUGGGCAACUUGUAAUGUUCGGGCGUUAUCCCACAGCAGUUCCAGUCUAACUUUGCAAGCAUUUAUGUUACCCAGAGGUCAUUUGUGGCUGACUCUUAGGUUCACGCAGCACAACAGAGGAGAAUCUGUAUGUUUUGUUUGCAAACUUUUGGUUACCCAGACAGUUGAUUUGAACAGAUAUCUGAAUGAAACAGAGGAAUUUACCAUCUUCACCUUCCAGGUUGAGACUAGCUUAUUGUCCUCAGAGUAGGACAGGGUGACUCCUGCUUUACCGAGUGGGAGCCGUGUGUGAGGAAUGUGACUGAGGUGUGUGUGUGUGUGCGCAUGCACAUGUAUGCGUGUUACUUUUUCUCUUUCCAUUGUGUUCAUUUCCCUCUGCUUGGAUGGUUAUGUUGUAUCUUUUACAGUUUCUUUUACCCUAAACGUUUUGGAAUAAAAAGUCUUGUUCAAAUUA